AAACACUAAAAACACACACAACAAUAACUUCACACUUCGGAUUUGGAUUGUCUAACUUUGCCUUCUCUACUUUUCCUUACCUUCCUCUCUAUAUCUCUUCUACAUUUUGUUUUCUCUCUCAUGAUUCUCUCUCCAUCAUAAAUAUCAUACCCUCCUAUUUGUGAUUCACACUUCACAAAGAAAAAGAAAAAAAAAAUGGAAAUGUUAUCAUCAUCUUCAUCACAUUCACAAAACUAUAUCUACAGAGAAUGUUUAAGAAACCAUGCAGCAAGUCUCGGAAGCUACGCAACCGACGGUUGCGGCGAAUUCACCGUCGACAACACGUCACCAACCGCCGUUAACAGUCUCCAAUGUGCAGCCUGCGGCUGUCACCGGAACUUUCACCGGAAAAUAACCGCAUCGUAUACAGCCGCAGCAAUGUCGGAUCAGGUGAUGGAAUAUUCAGGCGGCGGAGGUAGCGGCGGAGAUGGGAGGAGGAAAAGGUACCGGUCGAAAUUCACGGCGGAUCAGAAAGAGAAGAUGUUGGAAUUUGCUGAAAAAUUAGGGUGGAAAUUGCAGAGGAAAGAACUUGAUGAAGAAAUUGAAAGGUUUUGUGAAAGUGUUGGUGUGAGUAGACAAGUUUUCAAAGUUUGGAUGCAUAAUCAUAAGAAUUCUUCUUUCUCUAAUUCUUCUCCUUCUACUGGUAAUGCUAAUUCCUCUCUUACUCAAUAAUGUGUUUCAUUUUUUAGUAAUUUCAAUUUCUUUCUUUCAUCACAAAUCAUAUCAUAUAUUAGAGGAAUUUAUAUCCUAUGAAAUUAUUAAAAUGUAAAAUCAAAAUAUCAAGUUGCUCUAAUAUUUUAGCAAACAUUGAUUUGAUAUGAUGUAAUUGUAAUAUUUAUCUUUGAUUUAUUAAUCGAUGGUUAAAAUAUUAUUGAUCAUUUUAUUUAAUAGAGAAAGUUGCUCGAUUUAGAUGACUCA